AUGAUGAAAAAAAUUAUUUAUAUUACAACCACUUGUAUUAUUCUGUUUAUUUCAUCUGAGAUAAUUUGUGGGCAACUAUUUGGAGAAAAUAAACCGAAACGCGGUAAAAAGUUAAACGAUUUUAAUCCAAAUCAUAAUUUAAAAAAAUGGGGUUUUAAUAAGUCCCAUUCACCAGAUGAAGAGCAAGAUAAUAAUCAACAUGAUGCCUUUAAUGAUGAAAACCAUAGGGAAUUCGAUUCGAUAAAUAUCGAAUCCUUUGAAAAUGAAGAUAAUAGUCAAAAUACGCAAUUCACAUUAUAUAAUAAACCCAAAAAUAAAAAUUAUCUUGCUUCGUUAAAAAAUUUUAACCAUGACAAUGAAGAGGCAAAUAAAAAAGUAACUAUAGAUAAAAAUUUGUCUAUCCAAAACUAUAAUGUACCAGAAUUUGAUCCUAAUUUUUUUAAUAUAACAGAUAUGAUAUAUGGUGUAGAUAUAACAAAAGAAAAUAUAUCAUUUAUUUACGUGAAACUACGAACUUUAGAAGAACUUCGAGAUAUAUUAUAUAAAUUUUAUAAAGAUAAAGAUGACAAAUUAAAAGAUGACAAAUUAAAAGAUGUAAUAAGUGAUCAUGAACAAAUAAAUAAAGAUUUAAAGGAAAUAUUUAAAAACUAUCAAGCCCCAAGAGACGAAUUAAUAACUGAAAUGACCAAUUUACAUAAUCCUCUUUAUAAUUUUUAUAAUAAACCUCCAGUGGAUAAUUAUCAAUUAUAUACAUCAUCUCAAAAAAAAUAUGUAAACGACUUAAUUUCAGCACUUAGAAAAGUAGAAUCCCAAAUCGAAGAAACUAUUUCAUCUAUGUCAAAUACAUAUGAAAAUUUAGGUAUAAAUAAUACUAACGAAUUAAAAGACAUUAUUAAAAAAUAUGUUGAAGAUGUAGUAAAUUACAAUAUUAAAAUAAUAGGUUUGAUAAAUGAUCGUUCAUUUCUCGGUGACGACAAAACAAUUCCAUUUACACAAUUUUUAAUUGAUACUUUAAAUUCUGAAAACAAAUUACCAAGUAUUAAAAAUAAACUAAAUUUUUUACUAAAUCAAUUUAAGGAUGUUCAAGAAAAAUAUACCUGGCAUUAUCAAAUAUGUCAAAAUAUUCUUAUAUUUCUUAAUAGUUAUGUAAUAAAUAAACUUCCAUAUUUAUCUGGUGAAUAUUUUGAUAAUUUUAAAACAAUAACAAGCAAACUUUCUAUUAUCAUUUAUAAUGAUGAACGUUUAAGUUCUUUAGAAAAAUUAUAUAAGUACCUAAACGAAGUGUUAUUUCAUAUUUUUAAAACGACAGGAAAACUAUUAAUAGACAAUCCUGAUCCACAGAACGAUCUAAAAUUUAAAGAUGAUAUUUAUGAAUUUGAUACCUCCACCCCCAAAUUUAAAUUCGCAUCAUUAAAAAAUAAAUUUGUUGAAAUAUUUAAAGAUGAGUGGGAAUCUUAUAUUAACAAAACCAUUGAAGGAGAUGAUAGUAUAAAUAAUAAUAUGAUAUUAAUUUCAAAUAAUAUGAACAAAUUUAAAAAGUUGAUAGAUUCUAUGGAAAGUUCUCAAAAAAACGGUUUUGAAGAAAAAAACAAGGUUCUUGAUGAAAUAUCCAAUAAAUUAGAUAAAAACACUUACGACGAAAGAAAAGAAGGAUUUACGUCGUCUUUAGAAUUGGCAAAAAAAUGGGAAACAAAAAAAGCAGAGAUAUUAAUGAAAUUAAAUAAAGAAAAUGAUGAAACUGUUCAAUUGGAAGAACAAAUUACAAAAUUAUUUAAAGAAUGCUCGGAUAUAAUUGCUGAAAAAAAAUACGUGAAUGACUUAAAAUUAGAAAUAAACGAAAUAAUAAAAGGAAUAUAUGAGAAAAAAGAAUAUAUUAAAAAGGCAAUUGAUUUAGACAAGGAAAUAAAAGAGAAUGUCGUAUAUAUUGAAGAAUUAGCUAAACAAUCACCAUAUAAAAUUGAAAAAUAUAUAGAACAAAAAGAUACAAUAUGUAACACUAUAAAAUCAGAGUUUAACCAGAUCUACGUAGGUGAUAUUAAUCAACUUCACAAUGAGUUAUCUUCCAUAGUUAUAGAAAGCACCAUUGAUAGUAUAGAAGACAAAACACAACUUGAAGCUUUAAAAUCAAAAAUAAAUGAUGAAUAUAAAAAUAUUCAAAGCAUGGGAAUUGAUAUAGAUAUAUCACAUUUAAAUAUUGUAAAAGAUAACAAAAAUACACUCUUAAACACCAUUUUGGAAACUAAAAAAUACAUAUAUGAAGAGAUUAACAACGAUCUAAAUAAAAUGUUAGACAAUUUUAAAAAUAAAGAAACAAAUUUAUUAAAUAGUAUAAAUGAUUAUUCUAACCACAACGACAAAUUAAGUAAUUAUAAAACCGCUAUUUCAGAAAUCAGGAAUAAAUAUAAUGAGAAAAUUAAUAUAGAUAAUAUAGAGGAAGAUGAAAUAAGGGAAAUUUAUGAAAAAUCCAAAGAGUAUAUGACGAAAAUAUCGACUGACGAAGAUGAAAUAUUAAAAAAUAUCAAUGAAGUGAAAUGUGUGAAAAACACAUUCUUAGAUAAAGUAAAUGCAUAUAUUAAAUUUGACAAUAAUUAUAAAGAAAAUGUCGAUUCAGAACACAAUCAAUUUAUUACAUUAACAAAUAAAAUAGACACAGACGUUUCCAACAAUGAAUUGAGUAAAUAUGAACAGAGACUUGAUGAUAAUAAAGUUUUAAUUCAUCAAACCAACAAAUACAUUGAAGAGGAAUAUCAAAAUAUCAAUACCCUUAAGAAGGCAAAUCAAUAUAUAAAAGUAUGUGAAAAUACAACUGAAUUAAUACAAAGUUUUCGUAAUAAGCACAGUGAAUUAAGUGAAAUUUUAAAUAAAAAUAUUGAAACAACAAAAGAUACUACUUCAAUAAACAAAUCAUAUACAGAUAAUUUUUUAAACACAUUAACAAAUAAAAAAAACGAAUUAGAUAAAAUAUUCAUAGAUGCAUCUCUAGAUGAUUACAAACAAGUUAACAACGAAUUGAAACAAUAUUUUAAUAAUUUAAAAGAAAAUUUAGGAAAAAAACCAGAAAGUAAACUAUAUCAACAAUUUAAUGAAAAAGAAAAAGUUUGUAAUGAUAUGAUACAAAAAAAUGCAGAUAUAAAUAAAAAUAUUUCAAAUAUCGAAAAAGCAAUUUAUACUUCCAUUUAUAAUAUUAGUGAAGAAAUAGAAAAUGAAAUUGAAAAAAAUAUAGAAUUACUAAAUACCCAAGUACUUGAAAAGGUAAAAGCAAACACAACCAAUUUAAAUGAAAUCAAGGAAAAAUUAGAACUUUAUAAUUUUGAUGAUUUUGGGGAAGAAGGAAAUAUAAAAUAUAUUGAUGAAAUUACAAAAAUUAAAGAUGAUAUUCAGAUCUUAGAUAAAAACAUCGAUAAAAACAUAGAGACAUUAACGGAAAUAAAGAAAAAGUCAGAGGGCCAUAUUGACGAAAUAAAAACACAAAUAGACAAGUCAGAAAAUGUAGCAGAUAAAACCGUAUAUAAUGAUGAUCCAAAGGAAAUUGAAAAAAAAAUAAAAAACACAAUAGCAAAAAUAGAUAAAAAUAAAAAUAUAUAUGAGGAAAUAAAUAAAUUAUUAAAUAAAAUAUCAGAAAUUGAAAGCGAUAAAACCGCAUUAGAUAAAAUAAAGGAUAUAAAUUUAUCAUAUGGAAAAAGUUUAAGUACCCUAUUUUUGGAAAAAAUUAGCGAAGAAGAGGAAAAGGCUAAAGAUAUGACAAAAUCAAUUGAAAUGUAUAUCGAAAAUAUUGAUAAUAUAAAAAAUAAAUCAAAUGAAAUACAAAUAGAAAUGGGUAUAAACAUGGAAACUCUUAAUAUACUACAUGAUGAAGACGAAAAAUAUCGCAAUAUUAAUAAGGAUAAUGAAAAAUAUUUUUUAGAUAUUCAUGAAAAAUCUUUAAAACUAAAAAAUGAUAUCUCGAAGAUAUCAAAUAUAAAUGAUAUUAGAAAGGAGUUACAGUUGAAUGUUGCAGAUGUCCAAAACCAUAAUAAUGAAAUUAAUCAUUAUUUAAGAAAUAUUUCAAAUACAUAUAACAUUUUUAAAUCAAAUAGUAUUCAAAAUAUUGUUGAUAAAGUAAAAGAAUAUACUAAUCAAAUUGAAGAAAAUAAUAAAAAUAUAAAAAAUGAAUUAGACAAAACACAAACUCUAGUUAAUACCCUCAAAAGCAAAUUAGAUUUAAAAGCAUGUAAAUCGAAAUUGAACUCAACUAUUGACGAUAAAGAUAUUGAUGAUUGCAUAAAUAAAAUUACAGACUUAAAAAAUUUUAUGUUAAACGAAGAAGAUAAUUUAAACACUUAUUAUAAAAAUUUUGAAGAGUAUAAUAAAAUUGCAUUAUUAAAUUUUAAAAAUAUAGAAAUGACAGAUAUUCAAUCUCAAUACAUAAUGGCAACUAAAAGCGAUCUUGACACUCAUAAUCAUGAUUAUAAUAUUGAUAAAUUAAAGGAGCAUAAGGAUAAAUCUAAAGCAUAUAAAGAUGAAAUUGAUAAUAAUAUAAAAACAUUAGAAGAAAAUAAGGAAUUAUUUGAGGAAUAUAAACAAGAAACCACUGUACUUUUAAUUAAAUAUUCGGCAUUAGCAUUAAAAAAUAAGUUUAAUAAAACAAAAAAGGAUUCUGAAUUCAUAAUAAAGGGAAUAAAAGAUGUAUACAAUAAUUGUAUUUCUCAAGCGGAAACAUAUGAACAAAAAAUGAGCGCAAUAAAAAGCGAACAAGUUCGUAUUGACGACAGCAGUGCUAAUAAUGAUAAAUCCAACAAAGCAAUUAUAGGUAUUCAAGCAUCCUUGGAAAAAUUCGAAACUAAAUUAUUAAAAAUAAAUGAAAUAAGAAAAAAAUCAAAUGACUGUUUAAAAGAGACCGAAAACAUAGAGGAACAAAUAUCACAUUUAUCCAUAAAUAAUCAAGAUAAUGAAUUAAAAAAUAACGAAAUUAAAUUAGACAACUUUAAGAAACUUUUAUCAUCUCUCAAAGACAACCAAAAACAUAUUGAAGACCAAGCAAAAGAAUUAAACGAAAUCAAUUCACAAAUUGAAAAUAUAGAAAGCGAUAUAAACCAGUAUAAAAAAGAUUAUGAAAUUGGAAUUGUAGAAAAAAUAUAUGAAAUAUUUAAAGUAAAUAAAGAUCAAAUUGAAUCAACAAAAGAGUUAAUAAACCCAACAAUACACAAUCUAAUAUCUUCUUUUAACACUAAUGAUUUAGAAGGUAUUGAUACUAAUGAAAACUUGGAAAAAUAUAAUACAAAAAUGAAUGAUAUAUAUGAAGAAUUUGUUAAAUCAUAUAAUAUAAUGACAAAUUGUUUAGAAACUGUUUCAAAAAAACCCAUAACAUAUGAAAAAAUUAAAAAUACACGAAUUAUCGCACAAAAUGAACUCUUAAAAAAUAUAGAAACCAAAGAGAAAGCUAAGUCAUACUUAGAUGAUGUAAAAAUAAAUGAAUUUGAUAUAAUUGUUACAUAUUUUAACAACAAAUUAAAUACUUUGAAUGAUAACUUUAAUAACGAGUAUUUAAAAAUUAACGAAGGCUUUGAUAAUAUUUCAAAAUAUAUUGAUAAUGUUAAAAACUCAACCGAUGAAGAUUCAUUACUAAACAUACUGAAUCAAACAAAACAGGAAUAUUUGAAUAUUAUCAGGAAAACAUAUUAUAGUUAUAAAUAUGAGGCAGAGAACAUAUUUAAAAAUAUUGUUAAAUUAGCAAAUUCUUUAAAUAUUCAAAUACAAAACAGGUCAGAAGUAAAUUUAUUUAGAAACACUAAUAUAGCUAUAUUGUCUUACUUAGAUUCCAAAACAGAAGAUACGUUAACAUUUAUUCCAGAUUCACUAAAUAAAUUAGAAACAUAUACAAAAAUACGCAAUUCUUACAAUACUCUUCUUGAUAUAUUUAAAAAAAGUCAAGAUUUACAUAAAAAAGAACAACAAGCAUUAAAUAUCAUGUUCGAAAAUAGACGUUUAUAUGAAAAAGUACAUGUGACCAAUGAAUUAAAAGACACAUUAAGUGAUAUAAUAUAUAAAAAAGAAAAUAUAUUAAAUGAUGUUAAACUCGUUUUGCGUAAAUCUAACGAAUUAAACCAAUUAUCGCUUAAUUAUCAAAAUUAUGAUACUAUUUUAGAACCAUCAAAAUAUUACCAAAUAAAAACAAAAAUCGAUAAUUAUGAGCAGGAAAAAGAUAAUCUUGGAAUAAAUUUUAAUGUAACAACUGUGGAAGAAGAAUUGGAUAAUAUCAUUAAAUCUAUCGAAAAAUUAGAAAAUGAUUAUGAUUCUUCAGAGGAAAAUAUUAAUCUUUUACAAUAUAAAAAAAAACUAAAUGAUCUAACUAAAGCAUUUAAUACUGAAAUUAAAAUCAUUGAAAAUAAAAUAAUAGAAAAAAAUGAUUUAAUUGAUAAUUUAAUAGAGAUGAGAAGGGAAUGUCUACUUUUUACGAAUACAACAUUAAUAGAAACCCUUAAAAAUAAAUCAACUAAUUAUUCGGAAUUUAUAGCAUCUGCAACUAAAUUUUCAAAAGAAUUUUUAAAAUACAUUGAUGACACUUCCAACUUUUUAAAUGAUGAUAUAGAUGCAUUACAAACUAAAUAUAAUUUAAAUCAAACAAGCAAACACGUAAUAAGUAAAUUUGCAGAUGCAACUAAUGAUAAUAAUGAUUUAAUAGAAAAGGAAAAGGAAGCUACUCAAGCAAUCAACAAUUUGAUCAAGUUAUUCUCAAUAGAUUUAAAAAAUGCUGAUGCCAAUACAUUAUACAAUAAUAAUUUACAAAUGAUUUAUUUUGAUUCUGAAGCUCAAAAAUCAAUCGAACACAUAAGGCAACUUUAUAAAAAAGUGUACACCUUUAAAUUAUCAAAUAUAGACAAUAUUAAUGAAAAAUAUUUUGACAUAUCUAAAUUAUUCGAUAAUAUUAUAGAAUCCCAGAAAAAUAAAUUAACAGAAAAUCUAAAUAACUUAAAGGAAAUUGAACAAUAUAUUUCUGAUAAUAAAAAUAGUUUCCUUCAUAUACGAAAAGAAACUACAAAUCCGGAUUUCAACACACUUAAAGAGAUACAUGAUAAUAUUAUUGCUCGUGAAAACCAAAUAAAUGAAAUUGAAAAUAUUAGUAACAAUGAAAAUGAUAAUAUAACAUUAUAUAUGGAUACAAUUACCAAAUUAAUGGAAAAAAUAAAAAAUAUCUUAGAUUAUGUUACAACUCAUGAAAAUGAUCAUAAUAUAAGCAACGAACAUAUUCAAGACAAUGAUGAAAAUUACGUGUCAAAAAUUAAAGAUAAUUUAAAAAAUACAAUCCAGUCAUUUCAACAAAUUCAACAGAAAAUAAAUGAAACUAUAACACAGUUUUAUGAUAAUAAUACCAUAGAUAAUAUCAAAACUACCAUAUCACAAAAUACAAAUGAUGUAAAAACACAUUUUUCUAAGGAUUUAAUUAUAGAAAGCGAACUCACGCACAUACAAUAUAAUUUGGCAGACAUUAAAAAUGUAUCUUACGAAAGUCAAAGCGAUCAAAUAGCUAAUUAUGCCAAUACUAUACAAAAUUAUAUCGAAGAACAAAAUAAAAAAAUUGAAAAUAAUUCAAACAGUGAUGAAAUAGAUAAUACAAUAGAACAAAUCAAAAAUUAUAAUAAAGAAUUGGAAACAAAAUUACAGCAUAUUUCAAAUCAUAGAAAACAUGUUUCGUCAAUAACUAUAGAUAUUAGUAACCUUCUUACUUUAAUUAAAUCUGAGUAUAAUAAUAAUAUCUCAUAUAAUGAUGCUAUAAAGCAUGAAGAAGAUAGCAAUAAUUUAAUUUCUGAUUUAAAUAAGAGUGAAAGUAUACUUAACGAUUUAAUACGUCAAAAUCAAAAAAUUAUAGAAAAAUUAGGAUAUAAAAAGCAGAAUAUUCAGAAUCGUAAUAAUUUACAUACUAUUAGUAGACAACAAGAAAUCACGGAAAAAAAACAUGCUAGUAAUACAGACCAUAAUAAUACUAAUGAUAUAAAAUAUGAAAAUAUGGAAUAUUCAAACCCAGAUCAAAAUGACUCCUCCACAGCAAGAAACAUAAUGAGUUAUAUUAAAUAUGCUGGUGUCGUUGCGCUUGGCUUUGUAACAGGGUAUGUGAUUAAUAAAUUCAGAAAAAAAAAUGAAACAAAAGAAACGAAUUUAGAUAAAACUGAGAAUACUUAUGAUACCAUGAAAAGUAAAUAUUAUAAAAGGAAUGACGAAGUUAUAGAAAUAGAUAUGAAUGCAGAUUGA